AUGGCACUGAAAUCAGUCAGCACUAAAGGAGGAGAAGCUCAUAUUAAAGAUCAACUCAAAAAAUUCGGACCUGUAUCUGCUGCCUUUUACGUUUAUGAAGAUUUUCAAGGUUACAAGGACGGAGUUUACUAUCUAGUAAAGGGUAAAAAUCUCGGAGGGCAUGCUGUUGUUAUUACCGGAUAUGGGACUGCUACAUGUGGUGGGAAGAAAAUACCUUUUUGGAUUAUAAGAAAUUCAUGGGGUCCCAAAUGGGGAAAGGGCGGCUUCUUCUACAUGCGUCGUGGAACUAAUGAAUGUGAAAUUGAAAAGCAUAUUUCUUAUGGAGGUUUUUGA